AUGCUUUCGCACAAGUUGAAUUGCAAGUUUCCACCGCAAGUCUCAACCGGGGAACCGACUUUGUUGCCCGCACAAGUCACUGUACAUGCAGCUGUUCCAACCAAAGAGCUUGAGGAUGUUAUCAAAGUCGACAAAACUACAGACUUUGUCGACGACGACGAAGAUCCAAUUAUUAUUACAGAUGAAGAAUAUGACAAGGGCUUGAUCGAGGACGUCGAAACGACAAGCUUGACUGAGGAUGAUGAAGAUGGCAUCAGAGUCGAUGAAACACUAGGCUUGAUCGAGGAUGAUGAAAAUCCGAGUAGUGACACAGAAGGCGAAGAUGGCAUCAAAGUCGAUGAAACAACUGGUAAGUUUGAGGAGGAUGAAGCUCCAACCGUUAUUAAAGUCGACGUAAGAACAGGUUCAAUCGAAGAGGAUGAAGUUCCGGGGCUCAUUGAAAAUGCUGAAGAUGUUAUCGAGGUCGAUGGAACGAUAAGUAUGCUUGAGGACGAAGAUCCUACUACAGUAGCUGCAGGCGAAGACUGGAUCGAAGCUGAUGAUACGACGGGCUUUGCGCUUGAGGAUAAAGAUGGCGUGGGGCUUGGAAUGACCAGAGAGGAUGAAGACGAGGAUAACAAUAGGGAGGAUGUUUGGAUGACCAAAGAUGAGGAGGACAUUGACAGAUAUGGCAAGCUGGUCGAGACGACGAAUACUAAUGAUGACGAGGAUAGAUAUGGCGUGAGUGGGAGCGUGGUAGACGAGACAGGAGACGGUGUUGGGCCAGGAAUGAGGUAG